AUGAUUCCUCCUGCUGGUUACACUAAGGCAAAACCAGGAGAAGUUUGCAGACUCAAAAGAUCACUUUAUGGGUUGAAACAAGCAUCAAGGCAAUGGAACAAAGAGCUGAGUAAAUUUCUCAAAACUCUGAAGUUUCAGCAGUCUACUCAAGACUAUUCUUUGUUUACAAGACAUCUUGAUGGGGAGUUUUUGAUAUUGCUGGUUUAUGUGGAUGAUAUACUCCUCACUGGUACUUCAAUAUCUCAAAUUGACAAAGUUAAAGUUGCUUUGGAUAAUGCCUUCACCAUCAAAGAUCUAGGUCAGUUGGCAUAUUUUCUUGGUAUUGAGGUUCACAGAAAUGACAAAGGAAUAUUCCUCUCACAAAGAAAGUACAUCAAGGAUAUUCUUGUUGAUGCUGGAAUGGAGGAGUGUGAUCCUGUUCUUACUCCUCUAUCACGUGGCUUAAAAAUUUCUACUGAUGUUGGUGAUCUAAUUGAUGAACCUGAAGUGUACAGAAGAUUAGUAGGAAGGCUGUUGUACCUCAGUAUUACUAGACCAGAUCUGUCUUACUGUGUUCAACAUCUAAGUCAGUUUGUUCACUCACCAAGAACUCCACAUUUGCGUACUGCUCUACAUGUUCUCAAAUAUCUAAAAGGCACUUUAGAUGAUGGCAUAUGGUACUCAUCAAGUUCUGAUAUGCAAUUGUCAGCAUACAGUGAUGCUGAUUGGAGCUCUUGCCAAUUCAGCAGCAGAUCCCUUAGUGCCUAUGCAGUGUUUCUUGGUCCUAAUUUAAUAUCCUGGAAGACUAAAAAGCAAAGAACUGUCAGCAAAUCCUCUACUGAAGCUGAAUACAGAAGCAUGUCAGCUACAGCUAGUGAGUUGGUUUGGAUACAAGGCCUGCUUGAAGAUCUUCAAGUCAAUAUUUCUCUUCCUGUUACUCUAUACUGUGACAACACUUCAGCUGAACAUUUGGCUCAAAAUCCAAUGUUUCAUGAUAAGACUAAACACCUCAAGAGGGAUAUGCACUAUGUUCGUGAGCAAGUGGAAGCUGGUUUCAUCCAAACAUCUCAUGUUUCAAGCUCACAGCAACUUGCAGAUUUGCUUACAAAGCCUUUGCCUUCAUCUCAACAUCAUGCUUUAUCUGCCAAGCUUGGACUUCUCUCUAGAAUCCAGCUUGAAGGGGGAGUAUAG